GGGUGCAGCAGCAGCAGCAGCAGCAGCAGCAGCAGCAGCAGCAGCAGCAGCAGCACUUGAUGCGGUGGCGUGUGCAGCGGCGCGCACACCGCAAGAACGGAUCCAGGACACCGAAUCAGAGGCCAGCGGCGCUGUCAGCCCCUCCUGCGGGCUCAAAAGGCUUACUUCAAUCCCUAAAAUAG